CGUUUUGGUGUUUCCUGAAAAAAUUUCUCCCCUUUUUUUCUUUUUUGUGAUUUGUAAAAGAAUCUUACAAAGCAAGAUAACCACGACAUGGCCGAAAGCAAUAACAAUCAAUCACAAAAUCCUUUAAUGGAUUCAGUUGCCAUUGAAAAGGCCAAUCUAUUUUCAGAAUUCCUUGAACGCGACGACCAUGAACAUGAAAAGGGUUCUUAUAAGGAUCAAAUUCCACUUAUGUUACAAAAUGGACGACGCCGUAUGGUUGUCAGUAUUGAUGCACUUCGUCAAUUCAAUGCUGACUUAUGUAGUGCUCUUUUAAGCAGCCCUGCAGAUUGCUUACCUGCUUUUGAUUCAGCACUGAACAAAAUAGUCAAAACAAUCGCAGACCCGAGAGAUUAUAAUGAAGACAGACCUUUCUACAUCGCCUUCAAAGGAAGCUUUGGUUAUAACCAUGUUAAUCCACGUACUUUAAGGUCAGCACAUUUGGGUAAAUUUGUCUGUAUUGAAGGUAUUGUUACUCGAUGCUCUUUAGUCCGUCCCAAACUUGUAAAAUCUGUGCAUUACUGCGAAAAGACCAACAGCCACUACAUGCGAGAAUAUCACGACGCUACAACGCCUGGCAACAGUUAUAUACCCAGCUCAGGAGCCGUCUAUCCUACAACUGAUGCUAACGGUAAUCCUCUGAUUACAGAGUUUGGUUACAGUACCUAUCGUGAUCACCAAACUUUGACCAUCCAAGAAAUGCCCGAGCGUGCACCAGCUGGUCAGCUUCCCCGUCCUGUGGAUGUUAUUUUAGACGAUGAUUUGGUUGAUCGAGCCAAACCCGGCGACCGCGUAUCUAUUGUUGGUAUUUACAGAUCACUCGGCAACCGUAACGCUAAACAAACCAGCUCUGCAUUCAAAACUGUUAUAGUUUGUAACGAGAUCAGUCUAUUGAGUACCAAAGCUGGCGGUGGCAUUGCUGCACCCAAAAUCACUGAUAAAGAUAUUGUCAACAUUACGACAUUAGCACGUAAGAAAGAUUCUUUCAAAAUACUUUCAAGAUCAUUAGCGCCCUCCAUUUGGGGUCAUGAUUACAUCAAGCAAGCUGUAUUGAUGAUGUUAUUGGGUGGUGUGGAGAAAAAUUUGGAAAAUGGUACUCACAUCAGAGGUGAUAUUAAUAUGCUCAUGGUUGGUGAUCCCUCUACUGCCAAAUCCCAAAUGCUAAGAUAUGUAUUGAAUAUUGCACCUCUCGCAAUCGCCACCACUGGCCGUGGAUCAUCAGGCGUCGGUCUGACGGCUGCUGUCACUAGUGAUAAGGAAACUGGCGAAAGACGUUUAGAAGCAGGCGCGAUGGUGUUAGCUGAUCGUGGUGUUGUUUGUAUUGAUGAAUUUGAUAAGAUGGGUGAAAACGAUCGUGUAGCCAUUCAUGAAGUAAUGGAACAACAAACUGUCACUAUUGCUAAGGCCGGUAUUCAUACUUCCCUUAACGCUAGAUGCAGUGUCCUUGCUGCUGCCAAUCCCGUUUACGGCAUGUAUGAUUUAACCAAAGAUCCUGCCAAAAACAUCGCUCUCCCAGAUUCUCUACUCUCUCGUUUUGAUUUGCUAUUUAUUGUUACAGAUACUAUGGAUGAAAUCAGAGACAGAGAAAUUUCUAGUCACGUAUUGAAAAUGCAUCGAUAUGUAACACCAGGAGCAGAGGAAGGCGCUCCCGUAGUAGAAACAAUAGACGUGGUGGGAGCUGACGAUGAAGAGGAUGAAGCAAACGCUGCUGACGAUGAAGAUGAAAUAUACGAAAAGUCUCAUCCUGGCUUAUCCAAAAAUUCAGGCCGCCAGAUGAGGGCUAGUAGAAAGAAAGAUACAAAAAUCUUGAAGACCAGCUUCCUGAGGAAAUAUAUUUACUAUGUGAAAAAUACUGUUAAACCUGUACUGACACAGCGAGCCACUGAUAGAAUCAUUAACGAAUAUGCAUCCCUCAGAAAUCAAGAUGACGACGACCCAAUGAGAAAAAAGACAGCACCGAUUACAGCUCGUACUCUGGAGACACUGAUUCGUCUUUCCACAGCUCAUGCCAAAGCUAGACUAAGCACUGAAGUGCAAGAUAGAGAUGCGAAGGCCGCUGCCGAUGUAUUACGAUAUGCUAUGUUCCAGGAGGUUGUCAAAGUUAAGAAGAAUAACAAACGUAGAAAAACUGCUGCAAUGGAUACAGAUGAGGAAGAAGAGGAAGAGACUGACGGAGAAUCUGAUGACGAUUUGGACGAAGAGGCCCUUGCGGCGGCAGAUGAUAAUGAUGAUAUGAUGGAAGACGUCGAAGGAUUUAGUGCCCCUAUUGAUGUGGACAUGACGGAAGACGAUUCCGCAGAUAUUCUGCCACGCAGAUUUGAGAUAUUCAAAGAAAAAAUGGCUCGUGUCAUGAAUAAUGUAGAAAGCAUUCAGAUUGACCAACUUAUUCCAGCCGUCAAUCAAGAAAUGAAUAGAGUAGAUGCAUUCACCAGAGCCGAAACAAUUAGUGCCUUGAAAAGAAUGUCAGCUGAUAACCAAGUGUAUUAUAACGAGGAAGACGGCAACAUUUACAGAAUCUAGUCGUGAUCUUCAGCAAGAAAAACUCAUGUAUACAUACAUGGUGUUGUCUUUUAUUGUAUUUAGUACUUCUUUUAUAAUCCUUCCAUUAAUUUCAUUAUUUUUUUCCCAUGUAAACUCGCACCCCAAACCGUUGUCUUUCAUUUCUUUUCUGUUAUAAAAAAUAGAUGCAUUAAUUCUCCCUUUUGUUUUACUUGUAUAUUUGUCUAAAUCUACCGCACUGUACUAAGCGUCAUGUUAAGAAGCCUUAAGCACCAUAGAUUUUUCGUAGCACAUCAC